GUCAUUGUUUUUCGCGUCGAGAUUUUGUGUGGUUCGCUCGUUCGAAGCUCGUUCACUUUGAGUGAUCGCGCGUGCGGUAGCAAGUGCUCUCUCUCUAUCGCGAUUUAUUUAUUUUUUUUUUUUUUCUUCGAUGAAAUAUUUUUUUUCCGUUUCUUAGCUUAUUCGCUGUUGUUUUCCAUCAUUUGAUUGUUGCGUGAUAUAUUUUUUUUUUAUUUAUUACGAGAAAGAAAAAAUCAAUUUUUCCAAAUCGAACUAUUAAAGUGUAGUUUCAUCGAGAAUGCGUGCUACUUUAUAACAUACAGACAAUUAUAUCGACAAAUUUUCAAUAGUUAAUUCUGUGGAAAAAGUUUUAUUAUUAAAUUAAGUAAAACGUAAAGUAGUGAAUUGAAGACGUUUCAAAGUCAAUGACCAAAUUAUUUAGAAAAAAAGAAGAUAAUAUCAACAAAAAUUGACAUAUCUAGUGACAUAAAUUGGCAUUAAAUUGAGUUAUCGGUGUUUUGUCGUUGCAUAUGCGUGGGAUACUUCGUUGGUUUUAUCUAUUUAUGGAAAAGGCAGCAGCACUUUUGUGAAGCACAAAAGUACGUAUGAAGAGGAAACGGCGUUGCAUUGCUCAGUGGACAUGAAUUUAAAUCGAAAGACAACACGAAAUUCAUGAUACGUACACAAUAGGACGCGAAUUUCAACUUAAAAAUAAAAUUUAUCAUUCAAAUGAAAACAGUAGCUGCGAUCCCAUCAUCAUUUUGACUCUGAUGAAAAACGAACAGAACGUGGGAAAAAAAAUCGAAACAAUAAACCGAACCAAUCUAGGCCGAAACUAGUUUUUUUCAGCAUAAAUCCAAAGCGUAAGAAAUUCGAUAAAAAUGACGGUUGUAUCAAAGUACUUGGACGAAGCGAUUGUACGCUAUGAAAAGAUGGGCUUCUCUAAACAAGCGCUUUCGAAAGGAAUCGUUUCGGUGGCGAUCGGUGCUUAUGUGGCACAUAUUUCAUAUCCAUAUUUAAAUAAAUUGAUAAAAGCGGCGAAUUUGGCGCCAGUUUUAUCGGAAACAGCUAGCACAUCGGACGAUGAUACAUCCGAUUCUGAUUUUGAUUCAGAGUCGGACGAUUAUGAAAGUGCGAUCGAAAGCAAUAACAUGAAAAGCAACGGUAAUAUUGGAACAAAUCGAAUCAAUGAUAAAAAUUGCAAUGACACGAGUUUUCCUGAUGGAACGACUAAACUCGGUGGCGACGAUAAGUUGGACAAUGAUGAAACAGCGCGUGGCGUUGAAACGGACACCGGCGAUCGAUUGAUCGUUCCACCGAUUGUCAAACGAAAAAGAAAACACUCCAAAGUGAUUAAGCAGCAAAUAAAACAGGCGGAAAAAUUCCUGGCACAAGCGACACAGGAACGUAAAAAAUCCGAACAAGUGGGAAAUAUAUCGUUUAGCCAAUUGGAAGAGAGUCGAAUAGGAUUGAAUUUGGAAUUUCUAUUUAAAUUAAAGCGUCUGUUGCAUAUUAUGAUACCGCGCAUAUGGUCACGUGAAAUUGGCAUUUUGGGUGUGCAUACCGCUUGUCUGAUAUCACGAACAUUUCUUAGUAUCUAUGUAGCCGCCAUCGAAGGUUCCAUUGUCAAAUUUAUUGUACGACGUGAUUUACGACAAUUUAUUAUUGGCCUUAUGAAAUGGUUUAGCAUUGCGAUACCAGCAACAUUCAUCAAUUCCAUGAUUCGCUAUCUAGAAAAUAAAUUAGCUUUAUCGUUUAGAACGAGAUUGGUCAAUCAUUCGUACAAAUUGUAUUUUAAAAAUCAAACUUAUUACCGGGUAGCAAAUUUAGAUGGCCGAAUUGAAAAUGCAGAUCACAGGUUGACUGAAGAUAUUUCAGUGUUCACAAGUUCGAUUGCUCAUUUAUAUAGCCAUUUAACAAAGCCUUGCUUUGAUUUGAUGCUAAUUGGACUGGCGCUGAUGCGUUCAUCGCGUAAAAUGCGAGCAAAUAUCGUGACCGGACCGGCGUUAGCGUUUGUCGUCAUUUCAGCAACGGCAUUAAUUUUACGUCAACUUUCGCCGAAAUUUGGUCAAUUAGUUGCUGAAGAGGCAACGCGUUACGGUUACUUGCGUCAUGUGCAUGCACGUGUCAUAACCAAUGCCGAAGAGAUUGCAUUCUACGGUGGUCAACGUGUCGAAUUAAUGCAAUUGCGUGAAGCAUUCCGUCGACUUACCAAUCAAAUGAAUAUCAUCUACACACAACGCCUGUGGUUCGUUAUGCUCGAGCAAUUCUUUAUGAAAUAUGUGUGGUCUGGCACCGGAAUGAUCAUGAUUUCACUUCCGGUUCUGAUGGGCAAUCAACAACCACAACCACAAUCGUCUGAAUCGUCUGCUGUAAUGCCCGAUGAUGGAAUCAGUGAGAGAACUCAAUAUUUGACAACGGCCAGAAAUCUGUUGAUAUCUGGUGCUGAUGCAAUUGAACGCUUGAUGUCAUCAUACAAAGAGAUCGUUGCAUUGGCCGGUUACACAUAUCGAGUGGCUGGUAUGCUUGAAGUGUUUGAUGAUACAGCGCAUGGACGAUAUCACAAAGUUAUGAUGGCAGAAGGUCGCAAUAAUGCUGGUAUUUUGGAAUUCCGUAACGGACAACCAUUGACCAAAGGUCGUAUUGUUGUCAAUUCGGAUCCAAAUGAUCGUUCAAUUUCGCUAAAUAAUGUACCGGUUGUAACACCAAAUUGCGACAUUGUCGUACCAAGUCUAACAUUACGCAUCGAACCGGGCAUGCAUCUUCUAAUCACCGGACCAAAUGGUUGCGGUAAAUCAUCACUAUUCCGUAUUGUAAAUGGCUUGUGGCCAAUUUAUGGCGGUGAAUUGCACAUUCCAAAACCGAUUAUCGGCAAACCAAGCAUGUUCUAUAUUCCACAAAGACCAUACUUGACCAUUGGCAAUUUACGCGAUCAAAUCAUUUAUCCAGACACCGUUGAUGAUAUGCUAUCGAAAAAUUACGACGAAGAUAUGCUGCACGAUAUUAUGAAAACAGUCGCACUUGAACACAUUGUUGCUAGAGAUAGUUUUGAUGUCGUUCGAGAUUGGAAGGAUAUUUUAUCGGGCGGAGAAAAGCAAAGGAUGGCUAUCGCUAGAUUAUUUUAUCAUAAGCCACAAUACGCUUUGCUGGACGAGUGCACAAGUGCAGUAUCGAUUGAUGUGGAGAGUUCAAUUUAUGAAGCAGCCAAAACAGCUGGAAUUACUCUACUCACUAUCACACAUCGACCGACACUUUGGAAAUUCCAUACGCAUAUAUUGCAAUUCGAUGGGCAAGGUGGAUGGGAUUUCAAUUCGUUGUCUGAAAACGAUACUCAACAUAAGGUUCCUUUGAUCAAGAAGCAGUAAUAAAAUAAACAGAAGAAAAUUCAACGUGAUAAAUGAUGAUAAAUUUAAAUCAAAAACUACAACAAUUCUUUUUUAUUUGAACAAAUGAGCCGACAUCACAGUCAAAAAUAGAUUUAAUUUACCAAUACGAUAAGUUUAUGGUAUUUUGUGAGCCUUUAAACAAUUGUACGUAAUACAUUAAAUAAAUGUUGGUUAUGUCCUAACUUUUA